AUGAAGAAAUAUAAGACAAAAGAUUCAUCUAUUUGCGGUGUACAUACACCGCAGAGGAGUACCCCUACUAAGGAUAUAACGAAUAGGACCCCUAAGAAGAUAAUAAGAAACAUUAGAACACCUGUUGCUGCUGCUGUUGCUGCUGCAGCAACAGCAGCAACAUCAGCACGAACAGCAACAAGAGCAACAGCAGCAACUGCUGCAGCAAGAGCAGCAGCAACAGCAGCAACAGCAGCAACAGCAGCAGGAGAGACGCCUACUGCUAUAGCAUCAAGUGAUCCUCCUAUAUCAGAAGCAGCAGCAGCAGCAGCAGCAAGAGCAGCAGCAGCAGCAACAACAACAACAACAACACCUGCUGCAGCAGCAGCAGCAGUUGAUGGAGACUUAGCAAUAUCAACAACAACAGCAGCAACAGCAGCAACAGCAGCAGCAGCAGCAGCAGCAGCAGCAAAUAAAAAAGAAGAAGACAGCAGAAUAAAAGUAGUAUUAAGAAUAAGACCUCUUACUGCAGCAGAAGCAGCAAAAGAUAAUCCCCUUUGUUGCUCUUAUAAUAGAACAGGAAAAACAUAUACAUUAGGACUGCAGCAGCAGCACCAGCAGCAGCAGCAGCAGCAACAGCAGCAGCACCAGCAGCAGCAGCAGCAAAGAGGUGCCUAUACACCCCAAGGUGUACAGACACCGCAAAAAGGAGGUGUAUGUACACCUAAUAAAGGUAUAGUAUAUACACCGCAAGAACAAGAAGAAGAAGAAGGAGGAGAAGAAAGGGGAAGAGGAGGAGGAGGAGGAGGAGGAGAAGAAGAAGAAGAAGAAAGAGGAGAAGGAGGAGGAGGAGGAGGAGAGGCUACUGCUAAGAACAGUCGCUCUUCUCGAUCGCAUGCAAUCUUCUCUAUUGCAUUAAAAGAGCAAUCAGCAAGCGAAGCUGCUGCUGCUGCUGCUGCUGCUGCUGCUGCUGCUGGUGGCCCUGCAACAGCAGGAGCAGCAGCAGCAGCAGCAGCAGGGAAUGAUAAUAAUUGGUUAUGUGUUAUGCAAUUUGUUGACUUAGCGGGUAGCGAGAGAAUAAAGAAAUCUCUAGAUGGGGAGAAUAACCCAGCAGCAGCAGCAGCAGCAGCCAGCAGCAGCAGCAGCGGCAGCAACAGCAGCAGCAACAGCAGCAGCAGCAGCAGCAGCAGCAGCAGGAGUAUAAAUAAAAUAAAAGAUAAGAAUCGUUUAUUAAAGGAAGGGAUUGCCAUUAAUAGCGGAUUAUUAGCAUUAGCUAAAGUAUUACGUUGUCUAACUAGCAAACAGCAGCAGCAGCAGCAGCAGCAGCAGCAACAGCAGCAGCAGCAGCUGCUGCUGCAACAGGAGGAAGGAGAGGAGGAUGAGGAGAAUCAGCAGCAGCAGCAGCAACAACAGCAGCAAGAAAGCAAACAGCAGCUACUCAGGAAGAGGUCAUACCCACAGCAGCAUAACCACCAUCAGCAUCAGCAGCAACAGCAUCAGCAGCAGCAGCAGCAGCAGCAACAGCAGCAGCAGCAGCAGCAGCAUAUACCUUAUCGUGAUACAUCCCCUGCUGCUGCUGCAGGAGGUGCAGCAAAAGCAGCAGCAGCAGCAGCAGCAGCACGAGGAGGGAAGGAUGCGGAUGAAGCUGCAGACGAGGCAAGGAGUUUCUCCUUCUGCAGCAAGUUGCUUAAACAUCGCAGCAGCAGCUGCUGCGGCUUUGUUUUGCUGCAGCUAGUUUGCUGCACUGCAGCAGCAAGUAGGUUGCUGCUUGCUGCUGAUGAUCCCUUCGAAGAACAGCAGCUGCAGCAGCAGCUGCAGCAGCAGCUGCAGCAGCAGCAGCAGCAGCAGGAGCAACUGCAGCAAGCACGCUUGCUGCUGCAGCAGAGCCAGGAGGUACUGCAGCAAAGCCAGGAGGUACUGCAGCAGCACAGCUGUUUGUUGGCGCAGCAAGAGCAGCAGCAACAGCAAACUGAGCCGCAGCAGGAGACGCCUGCAGAUCAGCUGCAGCAGCAGCAGCAGCAGCACAUGCACAAACAGCAACUGCUGCAGCAGACAUCACAGUUGGAGCCAAUAGAACUCGAGGAGCAGCAGCAACAGCAGCAGAAGCAGCAGCAGCAGCACCUACAGCAGCAGGAAGACAAGGAGCAGCAGCCAUGCAAUAUAUAUAAGAACGAAGAGAUGCCUCCAGGCAUGCAGCAGCAGCAGCAGCAACAGCAGCAACAGCAGCAGCAGCAGCAGGUGCUGCACGAAGACAUGGCUUGUGGUGCCUCUGAGCUGUACGUACACCGCAAAUACAUCUGCAGCGUCUGUGGGGAGGAGACGGACGUAUCUGCUGCUGCUGCUGCUGCUGCUGCAGCAGCACCGCUGCCUGUUAGCUACCCUGCUGCUGCUGCUGCUGCUGCUGGUAGUGAUGGUGAAUAUAAUGAAGAAAAGAGACAAAAGAGACAAAAGAGAGACACAAAGAAAGAGACACAACGUGUCUCCUUUGCUGCUGUCCCUAAUGCACAUAAACAAGAUAUACAGAGACUUUGCUUCCUUGAUCAGCAGCAAGAGCAGCAGCAGCAGCAGCAAGAGCAGCAGCAGCAGCAGCAGCAGCAGGUGCUGCUGCUUACUGCAUGCAGCAAUACACUAAAAGUAUGGGAUAUUCAGCAGAUGAAGUGUCUAUGGAGAUACACCCCACACGUCAACUCUCCAGCAGCAGCAGCAGCAGCAGCAGCAGCAGGAGGAGGAGCAGCAGCAGCAGCAGCAGAUGCAUGCAAUUCGUCUACCUUUUGGGGACUUGCUGCUGCAGGGAGAGGACCUGUCUUUGUUGCAGGCAUAGGCAAUACCCUUCAAUGCUUCGAUCUAAGAGGUACUGCAGCAGCAGCAGCAGCAGCAGCAGCAGCAGCAGCAGCAAUACUAAUUUAG